CGCGCUCGCUGUACUUUGGUUGCGGCAGCAGCGGCGGCGCUGCAGCUCUGGAGAAGGAGGCGGAGAACAGCAGAGCAGCGCUGUUGAUGGGUUUACAGUCACAAUAUCGUCUUACUGCUUCAGUACUCGAACGGACAUCACAACUGAGAGAGCACACGGACUAGUUACUGUUAGUUUUGAUCGUCUGUUACGCGUUUUGCUCCUCAAACAGCAACGCAGACCUCGGGAACCGACUGGAUCGCACCUGCUGAGGAGCAUGAACAACAAAGCCUGAUCCAGCACUGUGCGGUGCAGCAACAAACUCGAGCCUGUCUGCAAACGAAACAUCCAAGAAAUAUAUGUACAUUCGAAAUCCUCCGUGCUGCACAUAGGACGCUGAUGCUGCAAGAGAAGGUGUCUGUGUGGAAUCUGCUGUAGGACCUCCAUAUUGCAGGCCGAUUCGAGUCCAAUCGUGCCUUGCAGCCUUUAAUUAUCGCAACGCUUGCAUGCGCGUCUGACUUUCGCUUGGUUAUUCAAAACUAGGUGAUAUUUGAAGGGUGGAGGAGGAGAAUACCAGGCCUCCACUCGGGUUUUAAUAAUUUAAUAACCCCUCCAGGCCAGACCAGUUUGAUGGUCGCCAUCUGCAGUCCUGUGUGUUCAAUGUUCCCUUAAAAAAACAGGAGAAACAUGUGGGUCAGUCCCGAAGAUGUGUUACUGGCUGGCGCGUUGUGGAUCACCGAGAGAGCCAAUCCAUAUUUUAUCCUUCAAAAACGGAAGGGCCACGGGGACGGAGGUGGAGGACUGGCGGGUUUGCUGGUUGGGACCCUGGAUGUCGUCUUAGACUCUAGUGCUCGUGUGGCCCCUUACAGGAUCCUGUACCAGACCCCAGACUCUUUAGUUUACUGGACCAUCGCUCAUGGAACCUCCCGUAAAGAGAUCACAGAGCACUGGGAGUGGCUGGAAAACAACCUGCUGCAGACGCUCUCCAUCUUUGAGAACGAGAAUGACAUCACAACCUUUGUCAAAGGAAAAGUCCAGGGCAUCAUCGCAGAGUACAACAAGAACCACGAUGUCAAAGAGGACGACGACACGGACAAGUUCAAGGAGGCCAGUGCCAAGUUUCGUAAGCUGUUUGGGAUGCCCGAGGAGGAGAAGUUGGUCAACUAUUACUCCUGCAGCUACUGGAAGGGCAAAGUGCCACGGCAGGGCUGGCUCUACCUCAGCAUCAACCACCUCUGCUUCUACUCCUACCUACUGGGGAAAGAAGCCAAACUGGUGGUGCGCUGGGCAGACAUCACCCAGCUGGAGAAGAGCGCCACCCUCCUGCUGCCCGACGCGAUCAAAGUGAGCACCCGCGUCAACGAGCACGUCUUCUCUGUCUUCCUCAACAUCAAUGAGACCUUCAAACUGGCCGAGCAGCUGGCCAACAUCGCCAUGCGUCAACUGCUGGACAACAAGGGCUUCGAGCAGGACCGCUCGCUGCCCAAACUCAAGAAGAAGUCUCCAAAGAAGGUGUCUGCUCUCAAGAGGGAUCUGGAUGCGAGAGCAAAGAGUGAGCGUUACAGAGCGCUCUUUCGUCUACCCAAAGAUGAAAAACUGGACGGGCACACAGACUGCACGCUGUGGACCCCCUUUAACAAGAUGCACAUCCUGGGUCAGAUGUUUGUUUCCACAAACUACAUCUGCUUUACGAGCAAGGAAGAGACACUGUGCAGCCUCAUCAUCCCGUUACGAGAGGUUACCAUUGUGGAGAAGGCAGACAGCUCCAAUGUGCUGCCCAGCCCACUCUCCAUCAGCACUAAGAAUCGGAUGACUUUCCUGUUUGCUAAUCUGAAAGAUAGAGACUUCCUGGUCCAGAGGAUUUCUGACUUUCUGCAGCAGACCAGCUCAAAGAUCUACCUGGAGAGGGAACUAACUGGAAGUUUAAACAGCUCAGACGAUGAGGUUUACUCCCAGCAUGGAUCCCAGCUCUCCAGCAGCCCACAGCACAGUUUGGGUUCAGAAAGCGAGCGUACGUUCAACCUGAAUGACAGCAGCGUUCCCACCGCCACACAGGCCCUCAUGACCAUGUACCGCCGGCGCUCACCUGAGGAGUUCAAUCCAAAGCUGGCAAAGGAGUUCCUAAAGGAGCAGGCUUGGAAGAAUCACUUUGCAGAGUAUGGGCAGGGGGUGUGUAUGUACCGCACAGAGAAAACGAAGGAGCUUGUCCUCAAGGGGAUUCCUGAGAGCAUGAGAGGAGAGCUGUGGCUGCUCUUCUCCGGGGCAAUCAAUGAGAUGGCCACCCACCCUGGUUACUAUGAGGAUCUGGUGGAGAAGUCAAUGGGCAAAUACAACCUGGCCACAGAGGAGAUCGAGCGUGACCUGCACCGAUCUCUCCCCGAGCACCCAGCCUUUCAGAAUGAAAUGGGCAUCGCUGCCCUCCGCAGGGUCCUCACAGCAUACGCAUUCAGAAACCCCAACAUCGGAUACUGUCAGGCUAUGAAUAUUGUGACGUCCGUGUUGCUGCUAUACGCCAAAGAGGAGGAGGCAUUUUGGCUACUUGUAGCGCUCUGUGAGAGGAUGCUGCCGGACUAUUACAACACCAGGGUUGUAGGGGCCCUUGUGGAUCAGGGUGUGUUCGAGGAGCUCGCCCGUGAGUACGUUCCUCAGCUGUAUGACUGCAUGCAGGACCUGGGCGUCAUAUCCACCAUCUCCCUCUCCUGGUUCCUCACCCUCUUCCUAUCUGUCAUGCCAUUCGAGAGCGCUGUGGUUGUCGUGGACUGCUUCUUCUACGAUGGCAUCAAGGUCAUUUUUCAGCUGGCGCUCUCUGUGCUGCACGCCAACAUCCACCAGCUGCUUGGCUGCAAGGAUGAUGGAGAGGCCAUGACUGUACUGGGCAGAUACUUGGACAGUGUGACCAAUAAAGACAGCACCCUCCCUCCGAUCCCGCACCUGCACUCCUUGCUGACAGACAAUGGAGAACCACAUCCAGACGUCGACAUCUUCAAACUGAUCCGCAGCUCCUAUGAGAAAUUCGGAUCAAUCCGUGCAGAUGUGAUCGAACAGAUGCGUUUCAAACAGAGACUGAGGGUCAUCCAAACCAUUGAAGACACAACCAAACGCAACGUGGUCAGAACUAUUGUAACAGAGACUGCCUUCAGUAUUGAUGAGUUGGAGGAGCUCUACGUGCUCUUCAAGGCGGAGCACCUGACCAGCUGUUACUGGGGUGGCAGCAGUAACCCCACAGAGCGUCACGACCCCAGUCUGCCUUACCUGGAGCAGUACCGCAUCGACGUGGAGCAGUUUAAAGGCCUCUUCAAUCUGCUGUUCCCUUGGGCCAAUGGAGCCCACACAGACCCAAUCGCCCUGCGCCUCUUCCGCCUACUCGACCAAAAAGGAGGAGCGCUUAUCAACUUCAGAGAGUUCAUCAAUGGCCUGGGCAUUCUGUGUCACGGAGACCUCACUGAGAAGCUGAAGCUCCUCUACAAGAUGCAUGUAAUACCUGAAAUCACCCAUGAACAGGAAGAGCCUGACUCUGCCUUUGAGGCCACUCAGUACUUUUUUGAAGACAUCACUCCAGAAACCUCCAUCGGCAAUGACUCAAAGUGCAGAAGUGAGAGGGACGAUGGCUUUGUCAGAGUUACUUUUAAGACUGAAAAAGUGAAGAAACUGAACACUCCUGAAUAUCGCCAUUACCUGAAGCUGUGGAACCAGGAAACAAAACCUAAACUAGAAAACAUGAAGGACCUCCCAAAGCUCAAUCAGAGCCAGUUCAUUGAGCUUUGUAAGACCCUGUACAGCAUGUUCAGUGAGGAUAUAGCAGAACAGGAGCUCUAUCACGCCACAGCCACAGUCACCAGUCUGCUGCUGGAGAUGGGAGAGGUGGGGAAGCUCUUCUCCUCCUCAUAUGGCAGAAAGGAUCACAACAUGGAGGGAAAAUCAGAGCCGAGUACAUGCAGGAGGGACGCUGCAGAUCCCAAAACUCCCCAGGAGGCCGUGUCUGAAAACACCUUUGUCCCCUCAGGGCUGGAGAACAAGCCGAGCCUUUGUGAGGAUGUAAAAGGGGAUGAGCAGCUGCCACCUAUGCAAGACAUCAAACUGGAGGACUCGUCCCCUAAAGACACGGGCACGUCCUCCGCCAUGCUCAUCUCGGAUGAUGAAACCAAAGAUGACACCUCGAUGUCGUCUUACUCGGUGCUCAGCGCUGGCUCCCAUGAGCUGGAUGAGAAGCUGCAGUGUGAGGACAUCGCAGACGACACGGUGCUGGUGCGCAGCGAGGACGUCCCAGAUGGGGAGAGAAGCAGCCGACCUCGCGGCAGUGAACCUCAGGACCGAGGUCUGCCUCACAGCACCAGCAUCGAUAAAGACUGGGCCAUCACUUUUGAGCAGUUCCUGGCCUCUGUGCUCACCGAACAAGCCCUGGUGCAUUAUUUUGAAAAGCCAGUAGACGUGGCAGCUCGUAUAACCAACGCUAAGAAUGUGCGCAAAGUUGGGCGCCCCCUGCUGUCAACAAGUGACUAUGAAAUCUCGCUCUCCGGCUGAGGUCUUUUUCAAGGAAAUUUACACAAAGACUUUGCUGUUUUAAAGGGAAACAUUAUCAUCAGUCAUUGGUGUGAAAACUUCUAUGAGUUCAGGAAGAGAAUGAAGGUACAAUGUGUAAAAUGUGUGUGUGUAUGAUAGUUGAAUGAAUGUGACCAAAAACUGCUCUUAGCGAUGUAUUUUAUCAGAUGUGAAAGACUUUUAUUAUAACAAUCACUAGAUUCUGUUCAGCUAAGAGGAAACAGAACAAGAAUAUUGAGGUUUGCUCCAAUGAAAUCAGUGUGAACAUGUUGUAGCUGUACUUUAUAAAACAUUAUGCAUAGGUGGUAUUAUUGUAAUCUCUAGUUCUCUUAGGAUAUAUAGAUGUAAAUGUCUACAAAUACAAGACAAACUGAGAUAUCGAUCGUCUAUGUACAGUCACCAAACAUUAUAUCCAGUCAGACUACUGUUUUCUCGCGCUACCAUUCCAUUUGCUGUUAAUCACUUUAAUUUUGUUGUGUCUCUUCAAACUAGAGUGAAAGCUGUGAAAAUUCAACGAAAAGGUGAAUUUUCAUGUUGUAUUGUAUAAACCAAACUGCUCUCGUUUUCACACUCUUACCUUUGACGUCUUUGACAUUCACUUGCCAAAAUAACGCUCAAAAAAUGGCUCUAGUGUGGUUUGUCUUUUGGUUAUAUUUAUGUCUGCAAACGCCAGUCAAAAUGACGAGGACAAAACAGAACUGUUGAAGGUUUGAAGGAAGGUGUGCUACGUCAUAACAAUCACACUAAAAAGUACUGUUCAAUAGAGAGGCUGCACUUUAUGUUUACAACAUAAUGUGAUUCACUAACAUGUGUUUGCUUGCCAUCUACAUAGCUGUUGUUGUUGUUUGCACUCCAAUAAAAAGCACCUGCCUUCUUUUUAAUAUAUUUUACAUUUUUUUAUCUUUUUGCUCUGUACAUUUUUUACACUGCUGUUUUCAAUGUGAAUAUUUUUAUUUUUCAAUGUCCAGGUGUUGUUACUCUGGAUCCUGAUGCAUUCUGUGUAUCACUCCAUCUAAUUAAAGUAACAGUAUGAUUGAUUCAAUGCUGCACAGCA